CUGGAUACGAUGACGUCGCGAGGCGUUCAGGGAAGCGCAGCCUUUUCGAGCAACACGUCCAGCCAGCAUUGCUUCGAUGUGCAUAUUUUUUUCAGUUAUGAGAUCGAUUUACUAACAGCUGUGAACUCUGAUUUGAAACUUUAAAUUGCUUUGCGCGUUUUCGUGAACUAUGUCUCUCUCGGCUGUGUUUGUGUUGGAUCUGAAGGGGAAGGUGUUGAUAUGUCGCAAUUACAAGGGCGAUGUGGACAUGGCGGAGAUUGACCACUUCAUGCCUCUGCUCAUGCAGCACGACGACGAAGGGCUUACGUGUCCUGUGAUGUCACACGGCAACGUUCACUUCAUGUGGAUCAAACACAGCAACCUCUACUUGGUGGCCACAACAAACAAGAACUCUAACGCCUCACUCGUGUACUCCUUCCUCUAUAAACUUGUCGAGGUGUUUACUGAGUAUUUUAAGGAGUUGGAGGAGGAGAGCAUUCAGGACAACUUUGUGGUUGUCUACGAGCUCCUGGACGAGUUGAUGGAUUUUGGAUUUCCUCAGACUACCGACAGCAAAAUCCUUCAGGAAUACAUUACACAGGAGGGUGCCAAACUUGAGGUGGCAAAGUCGAAGGUGCCGACCACGGUCACCAACGCUGUUUCCUGGAGGUCCGAGGGUAUCAAAUACAAGAAGAAUGAAGUCUUUAUCGACGUCAUCGAGUCCAUCAAUGUGUUGGUGAAUGCAAACGGCAGUGUGAUGAGCAGCGACAUUGUGGGCAGCAUCAAAUUGAAGACCAUGCUGUCAGGGAUGCCCGAACUGCGACUCGGUCUCAACGACAGAGUGCUCUUUGCACUCACUGGACGUACGUACGCCGCAAAAAGGCCAUUGCAAGUCCGCCGUGGCGAAUUAUUUGACGUUUUUGUCGUGUGUUUAGGUGACAAGGGCAAGACGGUGGUGAUGGAAGAUGUGAAGUUCCACCAGUGUGUACGGCUGUCACGCUUCGAGAACGACCGCACCAUCUCCUUCAUUCCGCCGGAUGGGGAGUCUGAGCUUAUGUCCUACCGCAUAAAUACCCACGUGAAACCGCUGAUAUGGAUUGAAUCAGUCAUUGAGAAGUUCUCUCACAGCCGAGUGGAAAUCAUGGUGAAGGCAAAGGGCCAGUUUAAAAAACAAUCUGUGGCAAACAACGUGGAGGUUCGAAUUCCUGUCCCCAGUGAUGCCGACUCUCCCAAAUUCAAAACCAGUACAGGCAAUGCCAAAUAUGUACCAGAGAAGAAUUGGGUGGUGUGGACCAUCAAAUCUUUCCCAGGAGGCAAAGAGUUUCUAAUGAGGGCCCACUUUGGUCUACCCAGUGUGGAGAAUGAUGAGCUCGAGGGCAAACCUCCCAUUACUGUCAAAUUUGAAAUCCCUUACUUCACAGUCUCUGGAAUACAGGUGCGAUACAUGAAGAUCAUAGAAAAAAGUGGUUACCAAGCCUUGCCGUGGGUCCGUUACAUUACGCAAAGUGGAGAUUACCAGCUGCGGACCAAUAUGUAAAGGAAGAAGAGCAGUUAAUAAUCUCGUGGACAGAGAGACUGCCUUUUCAAUUUUAGCUGAGCUAUUUAGUGUCUCUGAUCUUGAUUAUUGAAAAGGAAGUGGAUUUUAAUGAUGUAAUGAAGUGGAUUUUAAUUAUUUUGAACAUUAAAAGCUUCUAAAAAUUAAUAAAGCACCAGUUUAUUCAAAUUA